AUGUCGGCUGUGCGCAAUAUCGCUGAGCCUCUCGAACACCAGAAGCAACUCAGGCAGCCAGACAUCUCCCUCAAAGAGCGAAACACCAUCAAUGACACAAAAGACACAGGUGUCCACUGGAAGCUGUUCAACAAGUUUGCAAAAAGUAUCGCAAAGUUAGCCGCAAGCACAAACAUCGGAGCCGCACCAGCUGAGCCUGGCACUCCACGGAAAAGGAACAUCUCUAAUAGCACCGGAACUGCCGCCAUCCUGGGCAGUGUUGAGGCUCUGAGAGCCAUGCGGGUGUACGUUGAAUUUGUCGACAGCGAAUUGAUGCCGCUUUAUCGCCAAUACGAGGUUACAAACAGCCAAGGUACAACCCACAUAGUCAGAUUCGACGACCUGUGGUGCCUCUUUCGCCCCGGAGAGCUACUUUUCAAUCCGAAUGCGCCGGACCCUACGAAUGGAAAGUCAAGGGAGAGGUCUUUCAGAAGCAGGAAUAUCCAAUCGCUUGAUAUUUAUCCCAUUCGAUUUGCCCAUGAUCACCUCCGAAUAUUGCAGGAAGUAUAUGACCAAGGGAAGAUGUUCCAAGAUUUUGUCACAGAGAAACAUCUGUCUUACAAAGGCUGGACCAUCGGGGACUACGACCACCUGGAAUAUAUCGACAGUGAUGUGAUCGUGGAUUUUGUCGAGGCAUUGAAGGCCCACCCGCGUUGGGCCGCUGCUCCACAUAUACCGGCUCUGCACGACACGGAAGAAUCCUUCCCUUUGGUAUCAGAUGAGGUCCCAGGAACAAUUUACCCGGGCGCAUUUGUCGACACAAUAGAGCGGAAGUCCAACCUCCAAAACGACAAAUUCCUCAAGAACCAAAGUGAAAGACGCAGAAAGCUCGGCGAGAUUCCAAUUCGAAAACUCGAAGAACAAGAUUUUGUUGCAGUGGACAUUCACAAGCUGAAGUUUGUCGCAGAUCGAGGCGAACAAUUGAAGAACAUCUUCAUUGCCAAGGAGCAUAAGAAAAUGAUCAACGCGUCAAGACAUUAUCCAGAACAAGGGGAGAGGGCUUGUGAUCCUAUUGCAUGGUGUCCCGGGGGUUGGGAAAAGCUCUACUGCGGAGGCAUUCGCACAUGCGAAAAAAAGGCCACUGUUUACUAUCACUUGUGGGGACCUUGGAUUCUCUCCGUCGGAUUUGGAAACCUCUCUCAAGGAAAUUUUAUGACUGGCUCAUUGGUGGGAUUGUGUCUUGUUGAUGGACGAAGCGAUGUUUUCUUGUCGCAAAGGUCGACCUGGGAUUUGAAGCGAAACGCACUGGUGUCAGGUGGGCUUUUCAAGUCCACAGACGACAAGCAUCGGCCUAAAGAUAACCAAAAAAGAGUUUCUACGCAUCCUCGAGUGCUACAAUGGAGUUCUUUUUUGACUACCAAUAGAGUUGGAAGGUUUGACGAGACCUUUAAAUCCCGGAUCCACGUCAUUCUUUACUAUCCACCGCUGAGCAGGAAGCAGACCGAAGGUAUUUGGAGAAUCAACAUAAGGAAGCUGACUCAAAUUGAGAACGAACGCCAAAAAGCACUUCAUAGUGGUGGAAGGUCGGACGGCGUCGUCUUAUUGCCUCUGAAAGUGGAUGAAGAGGAAGUCUUGGAUUUUGCAUUUAGCCAUUGGCCAAAGCAUCAGCACGGAAAAGGGAGAUGUAACGACGGACAUAUUCGCAAUGCUUUCCAGAUUGCUGCGGCGCUGGCGCGCUUUGAAAUGCGCACCGCUGCCAAAAAGCGCGAGAAAGAGGCAGUGCCUGAUGCUGUCGUCGAAUCUUUACAAGGCGAGCUCAAGGCAAGGCACUUCAAAACAGUCGCAGAAACAAGCCAUCAUUUUGAACUGUACAUGCAUGAGACAAUGGGAAAGACUGAUGCCGAGCUUGCACUGGAACAAGGGAGUCGAGCUGACCAUGUGAAACGCAUGAUGACCGAGGAGCCGGUGAUCAAGGAGUAUCGCGGCGUUGAUGAUUACGAAGCUCUGUCAGGCCCCGAAAGCUCUUCCCAACAAACUCUACAGCUCUCAAGGCCUUCAAACGUACCGAGAUGGGGUUCUAGAAACUUUUCGGACUCACGAUCAACCUCUAUGCAGCCGACUCAGAGGUCAUCUGGCUCCUCUGGCUUUCAAAACGCACGGCCUAUUAUAGCCAGACCUGAUUCGUUGGACAUCUUCUCGUCAUUCCUUCAUCCCGAUAAACUUGUGAAUUUUCAAAGCUCGGAAAAGACUGCGGAAAUUACAUCGGGUCAUCGUUAUCCUGCAGCGCUCCGAGCUGGGUGGCCAUCUAGUCCAGACCCCAGCAUUAGGCCCCGGAGAAAAACACUGCCACCUAUCGGUGGGGCCUGGUCUGGAGUUAAGUCAGAUUAUAAGUAA